AUGGCUGGCAACGGUAACGUCGCCCCCUCGAACCCUAGCCCGGCUCCUAAAAUUCUCUUGUCAAAGCCUGGGCUUGUUUCCUCGAGUCGUGGCAGAGGCGGUGGCGGUGGUGACGAUGACUCGACGGCGCUUCGCUAUCGGCUUCCAUCCAUAGGUUCUCUCAAUCUCAUUUCGGACUCUUGGGAAAUCCAGAUCGAUCGUUUUUUACCAUUUUUGACGGAUAACACCGAGUUCACCGUGGUGGGUGUGAUUGGUCCGACAGGGGUGGGAAAGUCGACCAUUUUGAAUGAAAUUUAUGGCUUUGAUUCUUCUUCACCUGGAAUGCUGCCCCCAUUUGGUGUUCAAACCGAAGAAACAAGGGCGCUAGCUAGACAUUGUACGCUUGGAAUUGAACCCAGAAUUUCGUCGGAAAGGAUUAUACUUCUUGAUACUCAGCCUGUGUUUAGCCCUUCAAUUUUAGCAGAGAUGAUUAGACCUGACGGUUCAUCUACCGUUCCCAUUAUAAGUGGUGAAUCCUUGUCUGCGGAGCUAGCCCAUGAGUUAAUGAGUAUCCAGCUCGGCGUCCUUCUUGCAUCUAUUUGUCACAUACUCAUUGUGGUGUCCGAGGGAGUUCAUGAUGCUAGCAUGUGGCAUCUGAUGUCGACGGUGGAUUUAUUGAAACACGGCAUACCGGAUCCGGCUUCUGUAACACUUUCUCAUCCACAGAGCUAUGACAAAGAGAAAAGCAGCAAUCUAUUGGAGAGCAGAAAUGAAUACAUUGCUUCUCCAAUUUUUGUGCACACAAGGCUUCAAAACCUAGACAAUGUGGUAUUCACUUCUGCUCGAAUGAAGAAGGCACUUGCAACAUACUUCCGCGAUUCUUCAUUUAUAAGAUCAGCAGCAGCCGAAGAAGCAGCAAAAGAUGGUUGCCCUUCCGAGGCCGACGAUGACGAGCUAAAGCUGUUUCUUGUUCCAUUAGAGGCUAAAGAAGGGUCCCCCCGGCUGCAGCACGAAAGCUGUUCUUCUGUUCUAUGGAAGCUGAGAGAUCAGGUUCCAUCCUCCUCCUCCCUCUUUCUCUAUGUAAUUAUCACUACCACCACUACUACUACAUGACUAUGUUUGCAGGUUUUAUCGAUGAGUGUCCCCUCCUUUUCAAGGACUAUUAACGAGCGUGACUGGUUGAAGAAUUCUGUCAAGAUAUGGGACCUCAUCAAGAACUCUCCAAUCAUAGCUGAAUAUUGCUCCACACUUCAAAAUUCUGG